AGCCUCUUCCACCGCCCAAAGUUGGGCGGGCGUGCUGGGAACUUCCGGGUAAGAGAGUGCGUAUUUCCGGUCAAGAUGGCGGCGCCCAGUAGAGUCAGGUGCGGGCGACUUUGUCUUUAGGAGCGGCGGCAGCUCGAGACUUGGGGAGACCUUCAGGAGUUGACCGGUUAGGACACCGGAGCUGCCUCAGCGGUGACCACCUUCUCCUCCUAACAUAUUCUUCCCUUCUUCACAAACGGUCUAUGGCGGACGAAGGCUCGAGGGGCAGCCGGCUCCCGCUGGCGCUGCCCCCGGCCUCCCAGGGUUGCUCUUCAGGGGGCGGCGGCGGCUCCUCGGCGGGAAACUCGGGUAAUCCCCGGCCCCCACAUAACCUCCAAGGUCUGCUGCAGAUGGCCAUCACGGCGGGCUCUGAGGAGCCAGAUCCCCCUCCAGAACCCAUGAGUGAGGAGAGGCGUCAAUGGCUACAGGAGGCCAUGUCGGCUGCCUUCAGGGGCCAGCGGGAGGAGGUAGAGCAGAUGAAGAGCUGCCUCCGAGUGCUGUCCCAGCCCAUGCCCCCUGCGGCCAGCGAGGCUGAGCUGGCCGCUGACCAACAGGAGCGAGAGGGGGCUCUGGAGCUGCUGUCUGACCUGUGUGAAAACAUGGACAAUGCUGCAGACUUCUGCCAGCUGUCUGGCAUGCACCUGCUGGUGGGCCGAUACCUGGAGGCAGGGGCAGCGGGGCUGAGGUGGAGGGCGGCACAGCUCAUUGGCACUUGCAGCCAGAACGUGGCAGCCAUCCAGGAGCAGGUCCUGGGACUCGGUGCCCUGCGAAAGCUGCUACGGCUGCUCGACCGUGACACCUGUGACACAGUUCAAGUCAAGGCCCUCUUCGCUAUCUCCUGCCUUGUCCGGGAGCAGGAGGCUGGGCUGCUGCAGUUUCUUCGCCUGGAUGGAUUCUCUGUGUUGAUGCGGGCCAUGCAGCAACAGGUGCAGAAGCUCAAGGUCAAGUCGGCAUUCCUGUUGCAGAAUCUGCUUGUUGGCCACCCUGAACACAAAGGGACCCUGUGCUCCAUGGGGAUGGUCCAGCAGCUGGUGGCCCUCGUGCGGACAGAACACAGCCCUUUCCACGAGCAUGUGCUUGGAGCCCUGUGCAGCCUGGUGACAGACUUCCCGCAGGGUGUGCGUGAGUGCCGGGAACCUGAGCUGGGCCUGGAAGAACUGCUCCGCCACCGCUGCCAGCUACUGCAGCAGCACGAGGAGUACCAGGAAGAGCUAGAGUUCUGUGAAAAGCUGCUACAGACCUGCUUUUCCAGCCCAACGGAUGACAGCAUGGAUCGGUGAAACCAGGGGGCUUCUUAUCCCCUCAUCUCUGGGAACCCCAGGCCUCCUGUCUCCCUCUCCACCCAUGAGGCCCUCUCCUAAGGGAUUGCAGGGCUUCAUUAGUGACUGGGCUAGGGACAUGCCAGGCAUCUCUGCACAGCCCCCUGGAGGGGCGCUGAGAAAGGCACCAGCUCCUUGGACCCCACCGCCCAUGCUCUCUCUCUCAUCCCCUCUCAUGUCUGCACUAUUCCUCCAAUAAAGGUGUUUCUCCUCGUC